CGAGGGCCAGCCUAUAUGUUUAAUGACCACUCAACAAGUCUUUCUCUGGAGGAAGAGCGCUUUUUGGACGCAGCAGAAUAUGGGAAUAUCCCAGUGAUUCGUAAAAUGCUGGAAGAAUGUCCCUCACUCAAUGUGAAUUGUGUGGACUACAUGGGGCAGAAUGCCUUGCAGCUGGCAGUUGCCAAUGAGCACCUGGAGAUCACAGAGCUUCUGCUGAAGAAGGAGAACCUGUCUCGCGUUGGGGAUGCCUUGCUUUUGGCUAUUAGCAAAGGUUAUGUCCGAAUAGUGGAAGCCAUCCUAAACCAUCCCGCAUUUGCUGAAGGCAAGAGGCUUACGUUGAGUCCUAGCCAGUCAGAGCUCCAACACGAUGACUUUUAUGCAUAUGAUGAAGAUGGGACACGGUUUUCCCACGAUGUUACACCGAUCAUUCUGGCCGCUCAUUGCCAUGAGUAUGAGAUUGUCCACACUCUGCUGAGAAAAGGAGCUCGGAUCGAUAGGCCACAUGACUAUUUCUGCAAGUGCAGUGAAUGCAAUCAGAAACAAAAACAUGACUCUUUCAGCCAUUCAAGAUCCAGAAUCAAUGCCUACAAAGGUCUGGCCAGCCCUGCUUAUCUGUCUUUGUCCAGUGAAGACCCUGUAAUGACUGCCUUAGAGCUCAGCAAUGAGCUGGCCGUGCUUGCCAACAUUGAGAAAGAGUUUAAGAAUGAUUACAAGAAAUUGUCUAUGCAAUGCAAGGAUUUUGUAGUUGGACUCCUUGAUUUGUGCAGAAAUACAGAAGAAGUGGAAGCUAUUUUGAAUGGUGAUGUAGAGAUGAGCCAUAAUAAUGGAGAACACGGUCGCCCCAGCCUUAGCCGCUUAAAACUCGCCAUUAAGUACGAAGUUAAAAAAUUUGUAGCACAUCCAAACUGCCAGCAACAGCUUCUUUCAAUCUGGUACGAGAAUUUGUCAGGUCUACGGCAGCAGACCAUGGCAGUGAAGUUCCUGGUUGUUCUUGCUGUUGCGAUAGGACUGCCCUUCCUUUCCAUGGCUUACUGGAUUGCUCCUUGCAGUAAGCUGGGGAGGAUAAUGCGUGGACCAUUUAUGAAGUUUGUAGCCCAUGCAGCCUCUUUCACCAUUUUUCUUGGUCUGCUUGUCAUGAAUGCAGCUGACAGAUUUGAUGGCACCAAACUUCGACCGAAUGAAACAACAGGCAAUGUAAAACAGCUAUUUAGGAUGAAAACAUCGUGUUUCUCAUGGAUGGAGAUGCUCAUUAUUUCUUGGGUAAUAGGCAUGAUAUGGUCUGAAUGUAAAGAAAUAUGGUCUCAGGGUCCAAAGGAAUAUCUUUUUGAGUUAUGGAAUAUGCUUGAUUUUGGUAUGUUAGCAAUUUUUGCAGCAUCAUUCAUAGCAAGGUUUAUGGCAUUUUGGCAUGCAUCCAGAGCCCAGAACUUCGUUGAUGCAAAUAUGAAAGAUCUGACAAGUCCAACACUGGAGCCCAACAUAAAAUACUACACCUUAGCCAGAAUAAACUGGGAUCCAUCUGAUCCUCAGAUCAUAUCUGAAGGCCUGUAUGCAAUUGCAGUAGUGUUAAGUUUCUCCAGAAUAGCCUACAUCUUACCAGCUAAUGAAAGCUUUGGACCACUGCAGAUAUCACUUGGCAGAACUGUGAAAGACAUCUUCAAAUUCAUGGUGAUAUUUAUCAUGGUGUUUGUGGCUUUCAUGAUAGGCAUGUUUAAUCUCUAUUCCUAUUAUCUGGGGGCAAAACAAAAUGAAGCAUUCACAACUGUUGAAGAAAGUUUCAAGACAUUGUUCUGGGCUAUAUUUGGACUCUCAGAAGUUAAAUCAGUUGUCAUCAAUUAUAAACACAAAUUUAUUGAAAAUACUGGUUAUGUCCUUUAUGGAGUCUAUAAUGUUACCAUGGUCAUUGUCUUACUCAACAUGCUUAUUGCAAUGAUCAACAGUUCAUUCCAGGAAAUUGAGGAUGAUGCUGAUGUAGAAUGGAAAUUUGCAAGGGCUAAACUUUGGUUUUCUUACUUUGAAGAAGGGAGAACUCUUCCAGUACCCUUCAACUUAGUGCCAAGCCCCAAAUCUUUGCUUUAUCUCCUACUCAGAAUCAAAAAAUGUAUUUCUAAACCAUUUCUGUGCCAAAAGAAGAGCUUUCAGGAAGAUGCAGAGAUGAACAAGCUUGGUCAAAGGAAGCAAUCAAGUAUAAGAAGCUCAGAUGAAAUUCACUUAAACAGUUUAAACAAUCCUCCAAGGCAAUACCAGAAAAUAAUGAAGCGUCUCAUUAAAAGAUAUGUACUGAAAGCUCAGAUAGAUAAGGAAAGUGAUGAAGUCAAUGAAGGUGAACUGAAGGAAAUUAAACAGGACAUCUCAAGUCUUCGGUAUGAACUCCUUGAGGAAAAAUCUCAAAAUUCUGAAGAUCUGGCAGAACUUAUAAGGAAACUUGGGGAAAAACUGUCAAUUGACUCUAAGGAAGAAGAAAGCAAGAGAUAACCUAAAUGUUGAAGAAAUGCAACAGAACAUUAACAAUUCACUCCAAGCCAUAUUUCUGUUUCACUCAAGUCUAGCUCACAUUUCUACAACAGAUUCAGAAAUUAAAUCAUUCCAGUUCUUUAUUGAAAAAAGAGUGACAAAUCCCCUGGGUGUACAGCAGGGAGGAGAUACCACUUGAGUGAAGAUAUUUAUUCUUUACCUGCUGAAGAAUAGUCAAUUUGAGAUAAUUUUAAUAUUCCAUUUACAUCUUUUAGAAUUCCAGUGGAAUCUUGAUAAGCCCAGUCAUGAAAGAUUACAAGCAAAAAUCUUAACUUUUCCUACAUUAACUGAUUAUUUUUGCAAAUUUCCUUUUAUAGAUGUUCUUACAUAUAUUUUAGUGAAGCAAAAAAGGAAAAUUCCAGGCUUUUACGUGUUUAUAUCAGAAUAAGCUAUUUAAUUUUUCAAGUAUUCCCAACUAGCAAAAAAAAAAAGCUAUCUGCUUUUCUCACAAAUGUAGAGGAUAUUAAAGGAAUUUAUUUGAACUUUUCAUUGAAGAGAUAGGUAGCAGAAUACUCACACACUGUGUUAACACUUUUUCCUUGUCACCACUGGAGUAUCCUGAAAGAUACCUAGGUUCCAAUGGGAGUUAGGACAUCAGGAAAGAAAUAUUUUUCACCAAGUUUAUGAAAAGCUAUUGCUGAGGCCUAAAGAAAAAUUAUUUAAUCAAAAAUAAUUAAUCCUUGAAGUUCUAAUCUGUUCCAGAAUUUCCAGGUUCUUCAGCUUUUAUGUGUUGAACUAAAAAUCCCAAACUGCAGGGUAGGGUUUGGAUGUAAAGCCAGUAAGAGGUUUAUUUAAGGUAGAAGAUACUAAAAUAUUAGAUGCAGGCCCUCUCUCUGAAUUAUGGGAACAUCUUACAUUGGAGACCAUGUUUUCCCACAGUUAAAAUUGUUUAAAUACUUGAAGUUUGUUCAGAUCUAUCGUUAGCAAACAAAACCAUGUUAUUGCAAAGGUUUAUGAAAUAUCAUCUUUGGGUUUGCAUCCCUUGUCCUUUUUUCCUUUGAAGAAAGCUCAGCUCUUGUGCUGUGUUCCCUAAGAAUCAUUCUAUGAAGAAUCUUCCCUCCAUGUCAUCAACAGAAGCCUCCAAUGCUUCCACCCUACCCACUGCAAUACUACUUCCAUCUCUGUUAAACUGAUGAAGAGGUAGCCCAUGCCAUGCCUGGCUGGUAGAUGCAUGACUAGCCAGCUAAUAUGUCCAUGCAGGACAGUCAGCUAGUUUCUGUCUCUCCAGAUAGAUCUGGCUAAAUUUCGUCUAUUUUUCCUCCUCAGUUAAUAGAGCAAUUUGUUUUCUCUCUUCUGACAGUCAGCAGUUCUGUUGCUGUUAGAAGCAUAUAUUACAUUGGGGAUCUCUGUUCCUCUUCAAGCUUGGUUAAAAUUAGUGAAAGGGCUGUGAGAAAUUGUAACAAGAACUUCAAGAUUUAUAAUGCUCCUGUAAAAGCCUUGUAUGUUUAGGAAGCAAGGCUGAAAAUGGCUUGUCAGUAAUUGCUUUUAAAUCAGCUUUGUGAAACUUGCUUAUUGUGGAAUGUAACAGAAUGCUUCCACUUCUCUCUUUGAGGCUGGAGGUUAUUUUUUAAUGGAUUUCUAGAUGAAUUUACUGAUAGUCUGUUUUUAAAAAAAUGUUGGUGAAAUCACUGUGCAUU